CGUUAAAAAAUAGUCACCUAUUGAAAUAAAAAAAACGUUCGAUCAUAUUUUAACACAUGAUAAAAAAUUAAGAAAUUAAAAUUAAGCAAUUAACGUUCUCUGUGAAUUUAUAUGAUAAUUUCAGAAAACUUUUAGAAAAAAGAUUAAGAUAUUUAAAUUAUUUUAUUUUUAUUCGACAAAUAUAUAUAUGUUAAAAAUGCGCGAUAAAAUUUUUUUUUCACAAUCCAAUUCUCAUUCCGUUCUUACUGCAUAUUCCAAGGAUAAUAAUAUUUAUAGAGUAAUAAUAUAUAAUUAAUAUAGCAUCUAUACAAAAUAGGAGAAAAAUUAAAUUGUUUACUUAUAAAUCUGCUUUUGGUAAAACAUGAAAUAAUCUUAAAUGACAUAAAUACCAGUCCCAAGAUUACUUUUACCAAGAUAUUUAUGAUAUUUGUCAAUUAUUUGCGUUCUUCACUAUUUUAUUGUUAAAACGAGUACAGCUACUUCGCAUUCCGCAUUAUACUUCUCUUGUCGAUUAAUUUUAUUAAAAUCGAAAAAUUUGAUUAACACUCCUUAAGAGUUUGUUUCAUGAAGGCAACCAAAUACUUCUCGCUUAUAAAACUUUUCAUUUUUUUUGUUUAAUUUGUUUUAUUUAAUUUUGAUUGCUCAUUAUAUAUUUCAAUUUUUGUUUACAAUGACAUUCUUCUUUUAAAACCUUCAAACUGCCACCUCCUCUUUUAAAUCUUAUAUGCAUGGCGUUGCAACAGAUCUAACAUGCAUUUGCGUUGCGACAAAUCUAAAUUUUAAUUAUUUUAAAAGGGAAAUGUUAUUCUUUUGUUUACUGCUGAAGAUGAAUAUAUCUAAAAAUCUAAAUAUUUGUGCAUCUAUCUCCAACAAAAUACUUACAUCGAACUUCAAGAAAAUUCUCAAGAGCCAAAACAAUACAGUGCAAAGUGCUAAAAAUUGUGAUGAGUAUGAUUAAAACAAAGAAGAAAAAAAUCCGUGAUUUGUUCUCUCGAACCGAAAAAAUCACCGGAAUUUAAAGAGAAUCGAUACACUACUCAGAAGAGAUUUUGUUAUAUGGUAUUUUCUCUUCCUCUAUAAUGCGUAUCGCUAAAAAUGCGAAGCGCAAAAAAAUACGGUGUCCGUCGAGAGAAAGAUGACCUUCCCUGCGGCAUCUCCGGUCGAUCUCACCGAAUACAUGUAGCAUCUAAGCCCGUAUAACCGGUAUAAUGAAGCCAAAAGUUUAAUCUAUACGCUCUCUCGCUCUCACUGAGAAUCUUUCAGUCUUAAUCAGUCUGGCGAUAGAACAAGGUGAUGCAGUCGAGACGAUCAUCAACUCCCGGCGUCGAGUUCUAUCUUGUGCCAUAAAUAUAUGCAAGAUAAUUAUAUGGACACAAAAUCGCGGAAGGAAAGGCGGGAAUUGAUUCAGUUUAUGAGACUCUAAUUCUCCAGAAAAUACUUUUUAUCAAAAAAUUUGGAUUUGUCAAACAGAUGUAUCACGUUUAUAAGUAAUUGAAUGUGAUACGGCCAUAGGCGAAAAUGGCGGAUAAUUUCAACAACAAAUUCAUAUCUUUCUCGACGAAAGAGAUGGAGGAAAACAAUGAAGAACAAACAUCAAGGAUCGCGCCGAGCUUAUUGACACGCACGAGCACAGCUUCUUUAUUCCUGUCUCGAUUAAAGAACAGACGCAUCUCCAAGCAAGAAAACUGUGAACUCGAGAGCGGUCACAUUCGGCAUGGAUCCCCGUCAGUUUUCAAUAGCUCAGAAAUUAUCACAUCUUCCAUGGACAUGGAUUGCUCCCUCAUCAACGAACGCGUUUGUUCCGAGAAGACCAAUCGCACUUGUCUGCGCAUCAACGAAGACUUUAUUGGCAACAUCCUGACAAGGCAUAAAAGGCUCGUAUGCUGCAAAUCACAGUUCUGGGAGAACUUGGAACUAAGCGCGACGAACGAAACAUUAGCCAAGACGAUUCUGCCGGCCCCAAACGAAAUCAAUGUUCUGUUGCUGCAGGCGAGUUUUGAGGGUCAUGUUGAUAUCAUUCGCUAUUUGUGCCAGAACGGCGCCAACAUCAACUACAUGGAGCCGGAUCAUGGUCUCACUCCGUUGCACCUAUGCGCAUUUCGAAACUGUCUGGAUGGUGUCAGGUAUCUGAUAGAACAGGGUGCGAAGAUUGAUACCAGUACAAAAUACACGCCGUUUCAUUACGCCGCCUUCGGCGACGCGUUCGAUGUCGCCCAAUAUUUGAUGCAAUAUGGUAUUAAUCCGGAAUCGACGGACAUGGAAGAGACGGUGUUACAUACGGCAGCACGUUCCAACGCUCUACACGUGCUCUCUCUAUUGGCGCCGAACAGCAAAGAGUUAGAUCGCCUGGAUCAGGAUGGAUACGCCGCUAUUCAUCAUGCGGCCGACCGGGGCGAUUCAAAUUGCUUGGAUGUGCUCCUUAAGGCCGGCUGCCAGGUAAACUUGCCUGCUAUAAAAAAAAACACCGCUCUGCAUUUGGCCGCGGAAGCCGGCUGUGCGGACAAUCUGAUUCUCCUGAUCGAGGCGAAGGCCGAUCUUGAGUUGAAGAAUAAUCGAGGAUAUACGGCCUUGCACUUGGCUGCUCGCUCGCAUUCUUUGGAAUGUGUGGAGAUACUAUUGAAGGGUCAUGCAGAUCCUAACGCGGAGGACGACGAGGGGCGAACGCCGCUACAUUUGGCUCUGGGGAAAUCUUUGAUGACUGAGGAGAUCACCGAACUCCUGCUGAAAUGGCGAGCAAACGUGAACAAAGCCGACAAGUAUGGUUACACACCGUUGCAUAUCGCUGCCUCUAACGAAUUGUCACAAUGCGUCAACGUGUUGAUAAGAAAUGAGGCGGAUCUCAGCGCGAGAACCAUUGGCGGUAAUAGUGCUCUGUCCAUCGUCUUGCGUAAGACCCCGACUUCCCUAGACAUAUUCGAGCGUAGGCUGGAUGCAUCUCUCACGUUAAACCGACAGGGAUUUGGAGGUGAACUCGAACUGCAGCUGGACUUUCACCCACUAUUGCAACACCGACGAAAUCGAUGCAGUCGCUUGCCCGAAAUCGAAUACCUGAACGCUUUUGUAAAGGAGGGCUACAAAGAGAUUCUGGAACAUCCAUUAUGUCAGUCUUUUCUCCAUCUCAAAUGGCACAAGAUCCGAAAAUAUUAUGCUGCCCGAUUGCUCUUCUAUCUACUGUGGGUGUUGAUAUUUACGAGUUGGGUGAUAACCAUUCUGGCUUACAAAUGUAACAAAGAAUCUAAGAAUGAAACUACAACAUACUCAGAUACUAAGAUAUGCUCUAAUAAUUCCACCGCCUACAAUGCUUACAAAAACGAAAUGCGACUCCAGCUUAACUGGUUAAGUAACGUGUUAAUGGUAUUCAGCGUACUGGAGGCCUUCCGCAAAGUGAGUGUCAUUCCCAGUUAUCGAUCUCUCAGACAGUUCUUGCAGAUCGAAAACCUGAUCGAAUGGUUCGUGAUACUCAGCGUAUUUGGUACGUUCACGAGCAAUUUCGAUGAGCAGGAUUAUCUGGGCGCCUUCGCCGUGCUCUGUGGUUGGAGUAAUUUGAUGCUAAUGAUCGGACAGUUACCGGUGUUUGGUGCGUAUGUCGCCAUGUUUACCAGCAUACAAGCACAAGUAUUCAAGCUGCUCCUGGCCUAUGCCUGUCUGCUGAUAGGCUUCACGGCAAGCUUCUGCGUAAUAUUUCCAAAUUCCAACUCGUUCAACAACCCGUACAUUGGUCUCAUCAAAGUUCUUGUGAUGAUGACCGGCGAGUUAAACUUUGAAGACCUUUUCUUCGAGCACAAAAAGGGCUACGCAUUCAAAGAGUCGUCCGUCAAUUUCAUAGUUCAACUUUUUUUCGUAUUGUUUCUCCUGCUCGUGACGAUCGUGAUGAUGAAUUUACUGAUUGGCAUAGCCGUACACGACAUCAAGGGCCUGCAAAAGACAGCUGGUCUCGCUAAACUCGUUCGUCAGACAAAAUUGAUCUACGACGUGGAAAUGACAAUUUUUCUGGGAUUUACAUCGUCUAAACGCUUUGUCAAGUUCAUGCGAUGGACCACGUUGCUCUUACCAUCGCCUUUACGCGUCGUCCUGACCGUUCGUCCAUUAAACCCCAGGGAAAAGAGAUUACCGCGCGACGUUCUUGCGGCCUCUUAUAAGAUUGCCAAGGAAGCAGACGGACAGAAUAGUUUUACUUCAGCGCGCAAGAAAAGUUAUUACGCAAAAGCGUGUCUCAAGGGUGAAAUAAGCGCAUGCCGUCGUUGCAUCGGCGAGGACACGCUAAUACAGGAUUGUAACAAAUUCAGAGAUAAUAUCGCGGAACUCAAGGAAAUUUGGGAAAAAAAUAAUGCCCUCCUUCAAGAGCUUAUAAAAACACAGAGUACAAAUAAAUAAAAUUGUCGAAAUGAUAGAACGCUUUUCGUUGAAAGUAUUCGAAAUGAAUAUUCCGUUUCAAGUCGACGAUUCCAUCAUUAUUCAGCUUACGAGGUGCUUCAAAAUUUGGAAUUCGAGAAUGAAUACAGAAUAAUUAACGCAUAGAAAUAUCGCAGAAUCGCGAUAUUCUGAAAGAUAUAAAAUGCAUAGAAAUAUCACAGAAAUAUUUCUGCGGAUAUUUCUAUGCGUUUUAUAUUUUUCAGAAAACACUUUUUUUUUUUUUUGCUUUAUUUUUGUGAUACAAAUGGGAUUUUGUACCCAAUAUCAGUCGUAUUAAUUCCAUCUUUAUAUAUGUGAAUCUUUAUUAAAAAAAAAAAAAAAAUACAUUUACAUAAUGCAAAUAAAUUAUUUCGUUUUUACGCAAUGAUUAUAAAAGAUAUUUCCUCCCACGAGAGAAAAACUAUCCUAAUAUUCUAAAGUAUAUAGUAUUUUUGAACAUUUGGAAUGUAUUCCUAAUCUUCAAAGUAACAUGAGUUUCAUGACAUGAAUGCUAACAUGCGUAUAUUGAUGAGACCUUAGACAAAACAGGACAAUCUACAUUAUUCUAAACAUUCCUCCACAGUUGUGCACGUUUUUGUAAGAAGUGCGAUUCGUCAGAAAAAUUUUCUUACUUCUGAAGUCAAUAUCUAUACAUAUAUAUAAUCAAUCGGCCAGGCAUCAUUUUAAGACCGGUAUAAUUUAAUUUUUUAUGGCUUUACAUUUGCUUUUUAUUAUAACAUAUUUCAAU